UCUCUCUCUCUCUCUCUCUCUUAGUGGCUACAGUGUGCUCCUGUGUGCGCUCCCACAGAACUGGAGUUUAUCUUCUCAGUAAAGACGGGAAAAUGCGGAAUGUGAUCAUCUGGGAUCUCUGCUUCAGGUCCUAAGCUGACUCCUCAUUAGAGUUCUUCAUGUGUGAUCAUACACCAUUCCCUGCGUCCAGUUCAUGGCUCUCCCGUGCCUCUGACACUCCCUCAUAAACCAUUAAACUGCUCCUCUGCUCUCACGUUUUCUCUGUGUAAUCAUGUCAUCUGCAGUUCGAGCCCUGUUGCUUGUGUUGCUCGGAGCAGGAGUCUUGCUGUCCAGUGGCGACUCUCCACGCAGAGAAAUUAAAAUAGACGGAGACCUAGUUCUUGGGGGCCUCUUUCCCAUACAUGAGAAGGGCGUGGGCAUGGACGAGUGUGGACGCAUCAAUGAGGACCGGGGCAUUCAACGUUUAGAGGCCAUGCUCUUUGCCAUCGACCAGAUCAACCGUGAUGUUAGUCUGCUGCCCGGCAUCACACUGGGUGUCCACAUCCUGGACACGUGCUCGAGGGACACGUACGCACUAGAGCAAGCACUCGAGUUCGUCAGAGCGUCACUGACCAAGGUGGACGACACCGAGUUUAUCUGUCCUGAUGGUUCAUAUGCGUUUCAGGAAGACAGCCCGUUGGCUAUUACAGGAGUCAUUGGAGGAUCCUACAGCAGUGUCUCCAUACAGGUUGCAAACUUGUUGCGCUUGUUCCAGAUCCCUCAGAUAAGCUACGCAUCUACUAGUGCCAAGUUGAGUGACAAAUCACGCUACGACUAUUUUGCUCGCACUGUCCCUCCAGAUUUCUACCAAGCGAAAGCCAUGGCUGAGAUUCUACGGGCCUUUAACUGGACAUAUGUCUCUACAGUGGCAUCCGAGGGUGAUUAUGGAGAGACAGGAAUCGAGGCCUUUGAGCAGGAGGCACGAAUGCGUAACAUAUGCAUUGCUACAUCAGAAAAGGUGGGUCGCUCUAAUGCAAAGCGUUCGUCCUAUGAAGCAGUGGUGCGGCAGCUUCUUCAGAAGCCCAAUGCCCGCGUGGUUGUGCUGUUCCUGCGCAGCGAUGAUGCCCGAGAGCUGUUGGGCGCCGCCACCCGCCUCAAUGCUUCCUUCGUCUGGGUGGCCAGUGAUGGCUGGGGGGCCCAGGAAAGCAUCAUCAAAGGGAACGAGUUCACAGCAGAUGGUGCAAUCACGUUAGAACUUGCAGCACAUCCUAUACCUGAGUUCAAUCGCUACUUCCAAAGCCUCAGUCCUCUGAACAAUCACCGGAACCCGUGGUACAAAGACUUCUGGGAACAGAAGUUUCAAUGCUCUUUGAGCACAACCUCACAGGCAGGGGCAGGAACUGCAAAACCUCCCUGUGACCCGAAGCUGGCAGUGGAUGAUUCGAACUUUGAGCCUGAGUCGAAGAUCAUGUUUGUGGUGAACGCAGUGUACGUUAUGGCACACGCACUACACCGGAUGCAGAGGACACUGUGCGCUAACACCACACGCCUGUGCGAUGCCAUGCGCACUCUUGACGGCAAGAGGCUCUACCGGGACUUCCUGCUCCAUGUCAACUUUAAAGCUCCAUUCUCCCCUCCAGGCUUAGAAAACAUGGUAAAAUUCGAUCAAUAUGGAGAUGGCAUGGGCAGAUACAACAUAUUCAACUACCAACGAACGCCAGGUAAUGACCGGUUUGUCUACGUCCACGUUGGCGAGUGGGCGGAAACGCUGUCUCUUAAUGAGUACCUGAUUGGCUGGCCACGUGGGACAAGUGUUCCUACCUCACAAUGCAGUGACCCAUGUGCUCCAAAUGAAAUGAAGAAGAUGCAAGCAGGCGAGUACUGCUGCUGGAUUUGCACUGCUUGUGAGCCCUAUGAAUAUCUGCCUGAUGAAUUCACUUGCGCUCCCUGUGCUCUGGGCCAGUGGCCUCGGGCAGACCUGAGUGGUUGCUAUGACUUGCCUGAGGACUACAUCAUGUGGGAGGACGCCUGGGCUAUCGGGCCUGUCUCCAUUGCUUGCGUGGGUUUUAUUUGUACUUCACUGGUCUUCGCCGUUUUUAUUCGCCAUAACGAAACACCACUGGUCAAGGCCUCUGGCCGUGAGCUGUGCUACAUCCUGCUUCUUGGAGUCCUUAUGUCCUAUGCCAUGACUUUUGUCUUCAUUGCCAAGCCGUCACCAGCUGUGUGUGCAUUGCGGCGUCUCGGCCUUGGAACCUCGUUUGCAGUUUGCUACUCGGCACUGCUGACAAAGACUAACCGCAUUGCCCGCAUCUUCAAUGGUGUGAAAGAUGGUGGAGUACAGCGGCCACGCUUUAUCAGUCCAAGCUCACAGGUCUUCAUCUGCCUUGCGCUCAUCUCCGUCCAACUUCUGCUUGUGUCCAUGUGGCUUCUACUGGAGGUUCCAGGCACCAGGCGAUUCACACUGGCUGAGAAGCGUCAGACGGUCAUUCUUAAAUGCAAUGUGCGGGAUUCCAGCAUGCUGUUGUCACUCAGCUACGAUGUAGUUCUGGUGGUUCUCUGCACUGUCUAUGCCUUCAAGACUCGCAAGUGCCCUGAGAACUUCAACGAGGCCAAGUUCAUCGGCUUCACCAUGUAUACUACAUGCAUCAUCUGGCUUGCCUUCCUGCCUAUCUUCUAUGUCACAUCAAGUGACUACAGGGUUCAGACAACCACAAUGUGUAUAUCUGUGAGUCUCAGUGGCUUUGUGGUACUGGGGUGCAUGUUCGCUCCUAAAGUCCACAUCAUCAUGUUCCAACCCCAGAAGAACGUAACUAGUCACCGGCUCAACCUGAACCGCUUCAGCGUCAGUGGUCCGCCAGCUACCUACGCGUCACACGGUGAGGAGCCAUCAAAGACUUCUGUUGCACAUCUGUGAGUGGCCACUGUGUCCCGACGGUGUGUAACGGCAGAGAGAUCGUCGACUCCACCACUUCCUCUCUGUGACCCCAUGUCAACAUAUUGCUCUUUAGCGACUGUUAGCCAAUCAGCACACAUUGUGCUCCAUCCAAGAACUCCUCCUGUCCACAGUGUGUAGAAAGUGUGUAUUAUUAUUAUUACUAUUAUUAUUAAAUUAUUUUCUAGGGCUUGUACAUAUUAACUGAAAUUGUUGUAGAGAAACAGAGGAGCAAAAAAGAAAACAUUUCUAGGGUGAUUUUGGAGACCUUUUUGUUUGAUUUUUUUAAUAGCUUUAUUAUGUUUGUUGUAAAAAAAAAAAAAAAAAGAUAAAACUUUACAUCACUAUGGUGAAUUUAUUAGAGAAGGAAAUGUGUUAAUUGGCUAAGCCUGCAAUACUGGACAAACCUGGUUGUUUUUUCUUUUUUCUUUUGUAGGCCUCAUUGUAACAAUCGAUUCCGUAUGUAUUUCUAUGUUGUAUAUAUUGUAAAUAAUCUUACUGACGGUUUUAACCACACAAAAUAAUAGUGUUGUAGGAGUGAAGUUGAUAUUCAGGAUUGUACCGAGUGGCUGACCAGAGGAUGGAAGUCUCACAGUCGUUUUAGUAAGCUUUCAUAUCGUCCGCUAGUGCUUUUCAUAAACCGCUUCUCGCAAAGCAUGCACAAAGUACUUCUGAUUGUCAAACCUUUACAAACAUGUGUUAUUCCUGCAACACAAAGUGCUUGUUGAGACAGGAACGAGUGUGGGCAGUGAUACGGUAUUUAAUGGCUCUUUGUGCCUUAUCAUGUGUUGAGUAGUUCAAUAUGAAAGCUUCCUCUACACCUUUAGGGGUUGCCGAGCCACUUUUUUUACAUUGUGUAUUAUUUUUUACAUCUAAGUGUUUUAUACAUUCCUACAUUUUCAAGAAGGGGGGUAAACAUUUUAUGUGACUGGUUGCAAUGAGUAGUCAUAUCACUGGACUUGGGGUGCGUGUUUAAUUUUGCUUCGGCAGGCGGUCAUCUUACAUAUCGGUUUACUGAAGUGUCACGUACAUUUUAAGUUUUUUAUUAUUUUUUUAACGGAAUGUAAUAACUCUGGGCAGACAGACGCAACACAUCGUCGUAGACGCGAUGCGUUUGUGAUUGACUGCUGUGACAAUAAGCACAAGCAAUGAAAUGUCAUGGAAGGUGAAAGCAAAAGAAUAUAUUUGCACCCAGGAAUUUGUGUCGUUAAAUGGCGUAAAAAGAGCGCAUACCUUACAGAUCAAACCGAGACUACAGCUGUAUAUUGGAGACCAUUUGCCAACCGGUUUAUGAAUGUAAUGCUCAGCAGCACCUCUUCAGGAGCAGCUGUUUAAUUAAGUUUUAGUCUCAUAUAAUUAAUAUAUCAGGUAAUUAGUACCUUUAACACAUCCAGCGGAUAAUCAUUUCAUUAUUGCUUACAUCUGAGGCCAAGUGUUAGCACUUACACUUCCAGAUUGUUGGAUAUAUCAAGACAUAACUAGUAUGUUAGUAAGUUAGUCAGUGAAUAUGGCCAAAAAACGGGUGCAAAUAGUAUAUAAUUGCUACAGAUACUCUACAGAUUAGGUUCUUGCUAAAAUAAAUACAAGUUAUAAAGAAGGAAAAAAGGAAAUAUUCCAGAACAAGGAUUUUGUCUUCCAGUAAGAUAAAACAUGCACACAGUAAAUACUGUCUCCUCCUAGCUGUGUGUCUUUUAGAGCAUACAUAAUUAAAUCCACCAUACAAGCUCUCUUGUCCACUUUACUCUGUAAUCUGUAUGGUAAAAUCUUCUCUAGAUGCCAGAGUUGACAUGUAAACAAAACUAUAAUGUUGGUGCUUGAAAUGAAAAUGCACUGGACGAUAUGUGUGUAGAAUGGGAAGGGGACAGGAUUAUAGAAAGUGGAUUUUUUUUUCCAGUGCCCCACAAGCCUCAGCAGUCUCAGGCCUAUCUGUAAUUAGGUGUGCACUUCUCUCAUCCUCCCAAAAUCUGCAACUCCCUGAUUCUUCCUGCAUGACACGUUGCUAGCAGAGUCGACAUAUUCUACUUUGAAAUGAGCAGACAUUUUUAUUUAUGGCUGAUGUCAAAGGUUUAUCACAAGUAGUGGUCUUCUUAUUGUGACUCGAAUUUAUGGUGAACAUGGACAUGCGGAUCCAAUGUGCCGGGUAUGGAUUCGACACAGCGCUCUUGCAGAGGGACGUUUGUCUUCCUCUGUCAUUCUGUAUGCUCCCUGUUUCUAUACAGUGUAACGUCUUGUUAAGGAAACCUGUGUUGAAUUUUUGAACUCUGGUCAAACACAAAGCAAUAGAACAGUACCCAUGGUGCAGUGUGUGCAAUAACAAGGAUAUGAUGAUAUAAUAAAUAAUAACCUACUGUUGUUGUAAA